UUCUUCGAAUCGUUUCUUUACAAGCGCAAACCAGUCGAGUAAAACCUUGUGAACACGUGGUGUAAACAAAAAUACAUGUACAGGAUACUUUUGGACAUGUCAAAAGUCAACCGGCGUCAAAAUGGAUAAGAUAUCAAUGGUAGAGGAGCAGAAUGCACGGAAUAUGAAAGACUUUUUGGAGUUAUACAAUAAGCUUACAGAACGAUGCUUUUUGCAGUGUGUUGUAAACUUCAACAACAGAAGCCUUUCUGAUUAUGAAUAUAAAUGCGCCGAGCAGUGUGCUGGAAGGUAUGUGAAAUACAACCAGCGACUCAUGCUCACGUUUGUGGAUAAGCAAUCCGCUAAACAAGAGGCCAUGAUCAAAGAAAUUGAGAAAGCAGCGGCGGAAGGGAGAGAACCCAAAUUACCUGGCAUGCCGCUCCAGGCUGCAGUUACUCCCCCUACUGAAGAAAACGCUAAGAAAUCUAUACCACCUCUAGAUAACUCGCGCACAACAUAAAUGACGCCAAUUGUAAUAAGAACUUACAGUUUAAUUUUAAAAAUAUUGAGUUGUGACAAAAGUGCAACUAAUUCUGAAUCAUAUGAAUAUUUCGGAUAUCAGUGAAGUUCUUAAUUCUGGAUAUACUUAUAGCACUGCAAACAUAAAACGCUAGCAUCGUUGACCUUUUGUAGCAUUUGUUUUAAAAACUCAAUACCACAUUUUAAUUUCUUUUCGUCAUGCUGUUGCCCCACUUGAUCAGUAAAUUACAUGUAUAAAUGUUU